AUGAACACAAAUCAACGCUUUGAUCUCAUCAAGAAGCAUGAUCUAUGCAUCAACUGCUUAGGCAAUGGUCAUAGAAUGAUCCAAUGUCCAUCCAAGAAUCGCUGCCGCUGUUGCAAUCGAGCACACCACACGUUGUUGCAUCAUGAGAAUGCAUCUCAACCCACUCAAACAACUCCAGUGGCAGGUCCCGCAUUCCAGCCUUCGGGGUCUACUCGACCUACAUGGCAAACUUCAUCUCAAGAAUCGACAGCAACCCACUCGCACAUGGGUGCAUCGGAAGGUGGGCAGGUGAUUCUUGCAACGGCUAUGAUCCUGGUCAAGGACGCUAUGGGUACGUAUAAGUUGGGCAGAGCCCUCCUAGAUUCAUGCUCUCAACUCAAUUUCAUCACUGAGGAUUUCGCGCAAAAACUACGCCUUCGACGUGAGAAACAUGAUGUGGGCGUUCGAAGCAUUGGAGACUCGCUAACCAGUCUUAAGGCGCGUACGACCACGACCAUCAAAUCGCGCACUUCAGCCUUUCAACUGUCACUUCAAUUCGGAAUCACCUCGCACAUAGCAUACCAGCCAGGUGCCGAGAUCGACACGUCCGGUUGGAGCUUGCCAGCCAAUACCAAAUUAGCAGACGAGAUGUUUUUUAAGCCCCGGCGCAUAGACCUGUUGUUAGGAACAGAGGCCUUCUUUGAUGCUCUUGCUGUUGGCCAAAAUCGACUGGGUCCAAAUUUACCGACGCUUCAGAAGACGUUGUUUGGUUGGGUCGUCUCUGGUAGGUUUCGAGGUGACUAUAACGUGACGUCAUCAUCUUGUCUGCUGUCAAAUGAAACCUCAAUCGACGAGAAUUUGCAACGCCUAUGGCAACUGGAAGCCAUCGACACGUCACCAAAACCAACUCAGCCAGACCAUCGAAUUUGUGAAGAGCAUUUCACAAAAACAACUCAUCAAGACCACACUGGUCGAAUUACUGUAAAUCUGCCAUUUAAAGACAACCCAAUUUGUCUCGGAGACUCCUUCGAUAUCGCUCGUCGGCGAUUCCUUGCGCUUGAGAGACGUCUUCUACGUUCGUCCGAAAUCCGUCCGCAGUACAUUGCCUUCAUGGAAGAGUACGAAAGUCUUGGCCACAUGUCAGUAGUAGCACACCCCAACUUGAAAGAGCCACACUACUAUAUGCCACAUCACUGCGUGCUUAAACCUAGCAGCACGUCAACUAAAUUGCGAGUAGUGUUUGAUGCCUCGUGCCGCACCUCAACACAAACAUCAUUGAACGAUCAUUUGUUAGUGGGGCCCACAAUUCAACAAGAUUUAUACAUGCUUCUAUUACGUUUUCGUCUGUAUCGUUUCGCCAUCACCGCAGAUAUCACUAAAAUGUACAGCCAAGUACUCGUAGAAAAUAAUUGUCGACAAUUUCAAUACAUACUUUGGCGAGCUUCCCCAGACUCAGAUCUCCGCACGUACCAGCUCAACACUGUAACAUACGGAACAGCUUCGGGCCCAUACCUUGCGGUACGCAGCCUACACUACCUGGCAGACCAGCAUAUGGCAGAGUUUCCGAUCGGCGCUUCGGCAAUAAAAUCAUCCUUUUAUGUCGACGACAUGUUAUGUGGUGCCGACGAUAUAACCACGUUACACACACUCAGGCAUGAAGUUGUUGAAGUACUCCGUCGUGGACAGUUUCCAAUAUCGAAAUGGCACUCAAAUCACCCAGACUUCAAGGAAGGUCAAGCAACAAAGGAGCUUCGUAUCAACGACGAUUUAGUGACCAGUGCGUUAGGAGUAACAUGGCAUCAACGAAGCGACGUAUUUUCGUUCGGCUUUAACCCGAAACAGCAAUACAAUUCGGUUACAAAGCGGACAAUAUUGUCUAUUGCCUCAUCGCUGUUUGAUCCACUUGGCUUGUUGUCACCAUUGAUAAUCACUGCCAAGAUUAUCCUCCAAGAGCUAUGGUUAUUGAAGCUCGAUUGGGACGAGUCUGUACCUCAGCACCUACAACAAGCUUGGACAAACUGCUUAGCAUCAUUAAACUCGAUUUCGUCACUCAUCGUGCCUCGUUAUUGCUGGCAACCAACCGGACGGAACAUACAAAUACACGGGUUUUGCGACGCAUCAAUUCGAGCAUACGGUUGCUCUGUAUACAUACGUACGGAAGACUUGGAUGGACAUGUUGAAGUUCAGUUACUUACAUCAAGGUCAAGAGUCGCUCCAGUCAAAAGGCAGUCGCUUCCCAAACUUGAACUUUGUAGUGCGCACCUUCUUGCAUCUCUCUACGCAAAAAUAAAAGAUGUUUUUACUGAUCAACCUCUAAGCAGUUACUUUUGGACCGAUUCACAACUAGUACUGCAUUGGCUUCAACAGCAGUCAAUAACGCUUUCAACUUUUGUAGGGAACAGAGUAUCGGAUAUACAAGAGUUGACUGUAGGUGGACACUGGAGAUACGUACCAACGCGCGAGAAUCGUGCGGAUCUUGUAUCUCGAGGCUGCCCUACUGCAGAACUUAAACAAUCGAAUUGGUUUUCCGGUCCAGCUUUUUUGUGUCAAGAUCAGACUAAAUGGCCAAAUCAAAAACCACCAGUUGACCUCGACGGAGACGUCAUCAAUUCGGAAAAACGCAAAACGACACUUACCACAAUGAUGGAGACAAACUACAUUCUCAACAUCAUCAAUGGCAUUAGCUCGUACCCCCAUUGCUUACGUCUAGUCGCCUGGUUAUUCCGGUUUUUUGAUUCGUCCAGAAAGAAAUCAAGGUUCACUACCGCUUCACCAUCGCCUGACGAAUUGCGACGCGCUUCACAUUGCUUAAUAUGGAACGUUCAACAGCAUCACUUCUCUGUCGACUUUCAGUUACUAAAGAAAAAUCGAUCAUUAAAAAGUAAUUUAAAAUUUUUGACUCCAUUUAUAGACACUUCGACUGGAUACGAGCUUAUCAAGGUUGGUGGCCGUCUGGACUACACCGAAUUACCAGACAGCCAAAAACACCCAUUGCUGUUGCCCAGUAAUUCACAAUUUAUUUUGACGUAUGUACGCCAUUUACAUCUUCGCAAUUACCAUGCAGGCCCAAAAGCCUUAGUCGCCUUGAUCCGCCUUGAAUAUUGGAUUGUCAACGCCAGAGAUUUGGCCCGUCGCGUCGUUCGUUCGUGUGUGCAUUGCGUUCGAUACAAGCCCACCUUGCUGCAGCAAGUAAUGGGACCCCUACCAAGAGAGCGUGUCCAACCAACACGUCCAUUUGAACGCUGCGGAAUCGACUUUUGCGGACCAAUAAGCACUUACCUGCGAGUCCGAGGAAAGACACCUACCAAAUCAUACUUGGCGAUAUUUGUUUGUCUUGUCACUAAGGCGGUUCAUAUUGAGGUGGUCUCGGACUUGUCUACAAAAGCAUUCCUGAACGCUCUAAAACGUAUGGGUGGUCGGCGAAAGAUGCAGUGCCACAUUUUCUGCGACAACGCCACGAAUUUUGUAGGAGCAUCCAACCCUUUGCAAGAGGUCAAACAAUUUUUGUUCAAGCACGAAACCCAGAACGAAAUUAACAAAUAUUGCUCUUCCGCUUUUAUUAAUUUCCAUUUUAUCCCACCUAGGGCACCCCAUUUUGGCGGCCUCUGGGAAGCAGCAGUUAAAAGCGCAAAGGGACUGCUCUAUCGCACAUUGACUAAUACAAGAUUAACAUAUGAAGAACUGAGCACUGUAGCUGUGGAAAUAGAGGCCAUACUAAACUCGCGUCCGCUCUCACCGCUAUCAUCAGAUCCCAAUGACUUUGAAGCACUCACUGCUGGACAUUUUUUGGUCGGGUCAUCGCUACGUGCCCUACCCGAAAGCUCACUCGAAGAGAGAAAUAUCUCGAAUUUGGAUCGAUACGAUAUGAUUACGGCCAUCAAGCAACGCUUUUGGCGCCGCUGGUCUUCAGACUAUGUCAAUGAACUACGCUCACGAGUCAAGUGGACGACACCUACACCCAAUCUUGCAGAAGGUACGCUAGUGAUCAUCCACGACGAUAACCUCCCACCACAACGCUGGAAGCUUGAUCGCGUUGAGUCGACCGUACGUGGACGAGAUGGUCACGUUCGAGUUGUGCGCCUCCGCACUACUAAUGGGAGCUGUUGCCGGCCUGUUCACAAACUUGCCAUCCUGCCAGUGUCUUGA